UAGCAAUUCCUUUUUCUGUGAGCCAUACAGCUGCGACGAAGGGAGUCCGGUCUUGGACUGGGCAUUUUAGCACUUUUGCGGCCUCGCGCGCGAGAAUUUAUUAUCCCGGAACACUAAUUAGAAUGAGGCAGCUGCGAUGGCGCCGGCCUCUUUGGGCCGGGCUCAGUGUCGAGACCUGAGGCAGAAGGCCAGCUACGGGCCUGCGGAUUUGUGGGAAUGCAAGGCGAACUCCAUCGUCGGCGGGCCGUGGUGGCUUGCCCGCCAGUGAUACACUACGAGGAGGAGGGCGAGCAUGAGUCGUUCGUCAAGCACAGGUUGCUGGGCUACGGCGGGUUUGCGGCCGUGUAUGAGGUGGAGCGCGCGUCCGACGGCAGCCGCAUGGCCGCCAAGGUGCUGCCGCUCAGCUCUUUGGCCGACGCCAUGAAGCUGCACCGCGUGCAGAACGAAAUCGACAUCAACCAGCUGCUGCAGCACCCGCACGUGGUCACCUUCCUGGGCUCCUUCCAGGACGACCAGAACGUCUACCUGCUGCAGGAGCUGUGCUGCAUCACGCUGAGCGAGCUGCUGCGGCGUGUGGGGCGCUUCAGCGAGCUGCAGGCGGCGCACAUCUUGUGGCAGGUCCUGGCCGCCUUGGAGCAUCUGCACAGCUGCGGCGUGCUGCACCGCGACCUCAAGCUCAGCAACAUGUUCCUGGGUCGCGACGGCACCGUCAAAGUGGGAGACCUGGGCCUGGCCUGCCACCUGCCCAGCCCCGCCGCACGCCGCCACUCCACCUGCGGCUCGCUCAACUGGAUGGCGCCGGAGGUGCUGAGGCCGGGCCCGGCCGGAUACGGCAUGGAGGUUGACGUGUGGGCGCUGGGUGUGGUGCUAUACACGCUGCUGGUGGGGCGGCCGCCGUUCCAGGCGGAGCGAAGGGGCCGGGACGCGGCCGGCGACCCGGUGGCGGGAAGCCCUGCGGCCCUGGACGGCGGCCCUGAGUCCACAUACGCGCGCAUCCUGCAGGGCUUCUAUGAGUUCCCAGAGGACGUGGCGCUGAGCGAGUCGGCGCGGGGUCUGGUGCAUGCGCUACUGGUGGUGGACCCCUCACAGCGGCCAUCGCUGGAGCAGGUGCGGCAGCACGCCUUCUUCGCGGAGCAUAUAGGGCCGCUCGCGCUCGCGGCAAUGCGGGAUGGGCCGGGGUCAGCAGCAGCCUUUACGACGGCGUCAGGCGACGACGUGCAGCAGCAACAGCAACAGCACAGUACGGGGCUCGGCACGGCGGGUGUGGCAUUCUCGGUCGUUGGUCAUCCGCACCGCCACGCCGCCCACACCCACCGUGCGGAGGCAAAUGCCUGGUCACCAGCGGGCACAUCAGGCGCCGGCUCGCGGGGGCCAGUGCAGCUGCAACAGCUGGUGGAGGGGGAGGAGGAUGAGGACGCUGGCACGGGCGAGUCGGCCUCAAACAGUGGCCACAUGCCGCGGCCACACUCCGUGGCCAGUGGCGGCGCGCUGACGGAUGCGCAUCGCCCGCCGCCGCUGCAGCCGCUGCCCUCCUUUAACGACGGUCACAGCGGGCCCGAGACUGAUCUGACGCCCCCCUCUCCUUUUGGGCAUCUGGGCAUGGCGAGCUCAGUCGGUGCUGUGGACUUGCGGCUACUGCUGUGCGACGCCGGGCUCGCGGCGGUGGCCGCCGCGGCGUCGGGCAUGGACCGCGGCGGCGGCGGCCACCGCCGGCGGCAGCGCAGCAGCGGCUCCGGCUACAGCACCAGUGGGAGCUACCUGGACCUGUCGGCGAGUGAGCAGUACAGCAGCGUGGCGACGGCGCUGACGGGCACGCUGACAGAGGGCGGGGAGGCCCUGGCGACUGUCAAUUCCCAGCGCUCGUCGCAGGGCCAGCACCACUCGCGCACUGGCAACCUCGCCAGCCUGCGGCAGGCCAACGCCACCCACGCGGGGCACUUGGGCCGCGGCACGGGACAGGUUGAGCUCCAGGAGAGCGAGGCGGGCCACGGCGGCGGCAAGGACCGGCCGCACAAGCGCCGGCAUCGGCCAGAGCACCUGCGCCGUGCCCGUUCGCAGUCGCACCAGGCAGUCGCCGCCACUGAACACGUGCCGGGGUCGGGUCGGCAGGAGGACGAGGAGGGCGAGGGUCAGCAUCCGCCAGGGGAUUACAUGAGGGACCAUCGCACGGGCAAAGACGCCGCCCCUGCAUCCUCGCACGCCGGCGCCGGCAGCCAUGGUGCCCCCAUACUAGCACGCCACAGCUUGCCCGCUAGGACGCUGUCGCAUGCGAGCACCUUCACAGCGGACACGGGGGUUUCCAACGGCGGCAGGGGCGCGGGAGGAGGCAGCGGUGUGGUGGUGCGCGCACACAACGCCUUCGCCGUGCCGGCAGAGCCGAGCAGGUCGGGCGAGGGCGGCAGCGGCGCGCCUGAGGACGGCGGGCGACUGGCCAGCGCGGCCACGGGCAGCAGCGGCGUGCUGCAGGUGGGCUACUCGAGUGAGUGCCUGGCGACGGCGGCGCUGCUGGAGGACGUGGCGGGGGCGGCUGCGAGCGGGGCCCGCGCCUCGCCCGGGCCGCACCAUGCCCGCGUGCCGAUGCCGGUGCCGGUACUGGUACGGGUCCAGGAUGAGUUGGCGUGGCAGACGGGGCCCGGCAACUCCACAUCGUUGUCGUUGAACCCCGGUGUAAGCUCGCUCGGCGUGCAGCCGAACUCACACACGCACCAGCACCAGUUCUACUUCCACCGGCCGCCUUCAACCGGCCACAUGCAGGAGUUGGCAUCCCCUGGGAAAAUGUCCAUGGAGGGCAGUGACGCAGGCGGAGUGUCCGUGCUGGAGACUUCCACCGCGGCCGGCGCCGCGGUCACCGCCGCCGCAGCUGCCGCCUCACCAGGCACCUACACCCACGCUAACACUACGGGCGAGGGGGGCCUGCUGCCCGCCAUCGCCACCCGCACCACGGGCACGCGGAAUGCCAAUGUGACGACGGGGCCCUCCACCGGUGGCGACAACGACGUGCCCUCCAACAGCACCGAGGUCCUGGCACUGCGGCUGGGCCUGGGGCCACCCACGGGCGUGCCGUCGCCGCGCCUGUUCGGAGGCAGCGCGCGCGGUGGCGGCUCCGGCGCAACUGCGGACAGCGGCCCGGACGGCCUUACUGGCUUCUUCAGUCCGGGCCCGGUGGGCGGCGGGGCGGGGCUGGGGCGCAGGGCGGCUGCAGGCGCGAUGGCGGGCAUCCUCAAGUCGCCGCAGCCGGAGCGCGGCGAGCUUCUGCGCAGCUUCACCUCCGUCAGCCGCAGCGUCUCGGUCGCCGCCACAGCGCUCGGGGCCGGCGAAGCCGGGCCAGGCCCCGCGGCCGUUCGCGCCGGCAAGACGCGCAGCGCAGCAGAGGGCGCGGCAGCCAGUGCCGGCGCCGGCGCGCCUUUGACUACCAUCUACUCCACCGGCGCGGCAGCGCUAGCCACCGCUCGCCCCAGCUUGCCGUCGCCGCUGCACAUGCGGUCGUUGAGGCGCCUCGUCGGCAGCCCGAUGGCCCACGAGGCUCCCACGCACAGCAGCUCCUCUGCGCUCGGAGCCUCCACCGCCGGCGGCGCCAACACCAACGACGGUGCCUACGGCGGCGGCCCCGGUGGCGGCGCGCCGCCACCCGGCAUGAGCGCCGCAUUCCUCAGUGCGCAUCCGCACGCAGGCUCGCGCCGCCGCGGGCAGCGCACUCGCAGCAGCCGCUCGCGCACGGGCACGGGCGGCGGCGUCCGGCGCAUGCCGUCCGGCCGCACCACCACCGACGCGUACGAGCACGGCCCGUACGGGCCCGCGGAUGACCUGGACAACGACAUCAGCAGCGACACGGCGCGCUCCUACGCCGACAGCCUGGAGGUGAUGCUGAUCGGGCCACGCCGGGCUGCGGCGCACGCCGGCUCGCUCGCCAGCGCCAGUGUGUACGGGUCAGCAACGGCAGCCGCCGCAGCCGCGGUCGCUCCGCACGCGGCAGCAGCCGCUGCAGAAGUAGCUGGGUCGGGAGGCCUGUCACCACCUGUGGCGCUGUGUGGCGCGGCCGCUAGCGGGCCGGUCGCGGUGAGCGGGGCAGCGUCCAACGGACCCCGCGUGCGGAUCAUGGCUGCCCCUGUGGUGGCAUCCUCGUCGCCGCCCGGCCGGCAUGCGCCGCUUACCCUGGCUGCGAGCACGUCGCACACCGCGGCCAGCGGUGCUGGCGCUGGUGCUGACUCCGCGCAGAUGCACCCGCCGCAUGUGCCCAAGGGCAUCCGGGAGCGAGGGCGCAGCCACCAGCAUCCGCAUGUAGAUCACGUGGCGGACGAAUACGCGCGCGCUGCUGGCUGCGGCUCCACGUCGCCGGCAACCACUUCACACCUGGCGCCCUUCUCCGUCGUCCUGCGCCAUGCGCGCGGCUCCGGUGGGCGCCUGCGCGGCCCGCGAGCUCACUCAAACGCAACCACGCCGCUGACCUGCUUCGCCGGGCCGAUUGCGCCCGCCGGCGGUGCGGCUCCUGGCAGCCGCAGCGGUCCUGGCGGCCGCAGCGGUCCUGGCGGCAGCACCGGCAGCGGCUGCGCCGGCGGCGCCGGUGCCGGUGGUACCGCUGUGCCGCCAUCCCUUAUGGCGCUGGCUGCUGGCAUGCUGUCGGGCUGCUUGCCCUCGACGCACUCUGCGCCUUGCGUCCGGCACCUCCUCAGCCCAGACGCCUCUGCGCAGAACGCCGGGACCGCCGAAGCCACCACCGGCGACCGGGACAACACCUGUGACACGGCGGCAGCGGCGGCAGGUGCGAGUGGCAUCACAUCAGGCCCCGACGCGGCCGCCCACGAGGUCACCCAGUUGGGGCGCCAGGACGCGCACGCGGGGCUGGGCAGCACCCUCAUCCUGGGCGACAGCGCCAGUUUCGACAUCGUGUCCACGCCCGCGGUGUCCCGGUCGCUUACGACCGGCGCCGGCGCCGGCGUGCAGGGCGCCCUGGCGGCUUUUAUGGCGGCGACGAUGCUUGAGCGCAGCAGCCGGGACAGUGGCGGGACCGGCGCCGCUCAGAGUGUCGCCCCCGACCUCACACCGGGCGGCCGUGGCGCGGGCGUGGCCACCGCCGGCACGGACGCGUGCACGCCGCAGCUGACUUCGCCGGCGCACAGCGGCCCGCUGCAGCCCGGGCGGCAGCAGGGCCUGGUGGCUGCGGCGCGGGGCACGGCGAUGGGUGUGCUGGGCGGCGUGGUAGCGGCGCUGCAGGGGGACGCGCUGGGGCUGGGCUGCAGCGGCGAGGCCGCACUGGAGGUGGCGGCGACGUCGGGCAGCGCCACCAAUAACGUGCCGCUGCCGCUCAGCCUGGACGCAGGGCUGGGCUCGGGGCCGGGCGGCCGGGCGCCGGGCGCGGCGGGGCUGCUGCUGGGUUUCGGCGCGGGCGCGGGCGUGUUGGGCAGCUCGGGACGCGGCCAGGAGACGAACCAGCCAGGGCUGGGGCUGCGCAGCUCGGGCAGGGGCAUGAUGGUGAUGGAGAGUGCCUCGGCCAUGUCCAGUGGCAGUAGCGGGGCGGACGGCUGCAGCGGCGGCGGCGGCGGCCACGACGCCGCGGCGGCGGCAGCAGUGGUGGUGGCGCAGCUGCGUGCGGCGGGGGUGGAUAAGCGCGGGGGUGGCAGCGGCGUAUCUAAUGCUGGCGCCGCCGACCUGUCGUCCCGUUUGCAUGCACAGCCACAGCCACAGCAGCCGCCGCAGGCGCGGCAGCCGCGGGUGAGCUGGGAGCUGGACACGCGGCCAGUGGGCGAGCCGCACCGGCAGUCUCGGGACCAGCAGCUGGAGCAGCAGGGGCGACAGCAGCAGGUAUCCGCGCUGCCAGCUGCCAGCGGCAUUACUGCGCUCGCAGGCGCCGGCACGAGUGGCGUAGCCGCGGACACGCUCGGCACCAGCACCAAUGGGCCCCAGGAGGGCACAAGGGCAGAGCCGGCAGUGGAGACGCUGGCAUCGCCGCUGCCACGGCACUCCCGCCUGCACCCAUUGCCAGCCGCGCAGCAGGCGCCGCAAGCCGCCGCUGCCCCAGGGGCCUCCCGGUCGCCGCCGCUGGUGCAGAGUCACCCACAGGGCGCAGGCGACAUGCGCAUCGUGCGCAAGCACCUGUACCUGACGCAGCAGGCACUCGCGGCAGCGGUGGGGGCGGGCGGCGGAGCCGGCGCUCCUCCAAAUGCCCAGGGAGCCGCGGCACCAGCGGCGACAGUGACCAGCUCCACUCAUCCGCAGCUGCGCACGAGCUUCGAGCAGGGGCGCAGCCGGCGCAGCUGGUCCGCGGCGGCGCUGCUGCACCCCUGGCGGCAGAUGGCUCUGACGCGGCUGCAGCAGGAGUCGGCGCAGGUGCAGCGCAUGCGCCGCGCGGAGCAGGCUGCGGAGGAGACUGCCGACGAGGAGGUUGUGGCGGCGGCGGCCAUGGCCGCAGCGCAGGAGCUGCGAGAAUGGGGUGACACCAGUUGCAGCGGCAGCGGAACGGGCGGCGCUGGAGGCGCAAGGUUGGUGGCGAUGGCCGUGGCUGCUGCCGCGGCGGCUUCUGCCCCAGCACCAAAGCACCCGCUCGCGACGCCGCUCGCAGAGGGCGAGCCGUGGCGUGCCAGUGCUUUAAGCAGCGGCGCACGCGGCAAGGGGGGCUCUUCAGGCACCUCGGGUGCUAACUCGCAGAUUGGCGGGACGGCGGGCGCGUCUGCCGGCAACAGUACCAGCGCGGCUGCCUCUGUGGCCGUCGCCGCCAGCUCGGCAACGCCCCGUAUGACCUCGGGCGCAGCCUCAACUGCGGCGGCGGCGGCUGGCACAACCAGUAAUCGCUCAUCUGCAGAAGUCGCAUCUACAGCAACAGGCGCCUCAUUCACAACGGGGAAUGCCACGGCCCGGCCGCCGGCGUCACCGCCGACGCCGGCAGCCACAGCCGCGCUCGCCGCGCUCGGCUCCGCCGGAGUUCCCAGCGCCUCAACGGGACGCAACAGCUUUAGUACGCCCGUGCAGGAUGCGAGCGCGCGCGCCCCCAUGGCGGGGCCAGCCCCUGCCAGCGUGGCAGCCACCUCCAGCUUCUUUGCCUCAGCCACCCUGGCGGCGCAGCAGCAGCUGACCGCGCGCACCGGGUAUCCCGCCAGCGGUGGCAAGCCCCGCUGCUCCCUCGAAGCCAUUGCCGAGGCCAGUCCAUCGUCUGUGGAGGAGCCAGGGCUCACGCCAGCAGCGGUGGCUGCUGCGGCUGCAACGGCUUUUCCAGCAAGAGCUCCGGUGGCAGCAGGCCUUGCGGCGGUAGCAGGCCCUUUCACGGUGGCAGGCAGAGCAGCGGCAGCAGGCCCUGCAGCUGCGCCGGCAGGCCCUGCAGCUGCGCCGGCUGGGCCGGCGGCGGGUCACGCGGUGGCUGACAGCAGGCCGCUGCGGAGCGGCACGCCGCCGGGCACGCCGCCGCGCCGCGUGCGUGCGUCUGUGGAGGUGGAGGUGGUGCUGCGGCACUUGGAGUCACGUGACGCCGAUGUCCUGGUCUUCAGCACACACAGCGCGCUGUCCACCUUCGCGGCCAGCGCCAGCGGCGGCCCCAACAGCAACGGCACCGGUACCAGCGCAGCCGGCAGCGGACCAGAACCGGUCCGCGCAGCUGCUGCCGGCGCCACCGGCGCACCUGUUGCAGCGGCGGCGGCUGGCGUUGCCGGUAACAGCUCGGAGUUGCUCGGCGAGAGUCAGCGGGGCAGUGGCGGGAGUCAGCCGCCGCAACAGCCGCAGGGCAACGGUGCCGGUACCGCCAAUGGCAUCAGCAGCGGCUCAGGUCUGCUGGGCUCAUCGCUCGGGACGCUGUUUCAGAAGGAAUCGCCGUCAGAGGCGGCACAGGCGUUGCUGGGGCACCCUUGCGAGCCUGGGUCCGGGAUUCUGACCGCGCCGCUGACGCCCAGCAGUGGCAAGCUGCAGAGCCCCGGCACCGUGGGGGCGGGGUCUUGCGUGGAGGUAGUCCCAGUGGAGGCGGAUGCGUGGGCUGCUGCGGUGGCCGCCGCGGCCGCGGCUGCGCCGGACGUAAGCGCCGAGCGGCAUCUAGUAGCGCCGGCGCAGCCGGUGGAGGCCGCGCAGGGCACUGGUGGCAAUCUGACUGUGUGGGACACUGUCCGUCGUUCGUCGCCUGGUUGCGGAGCGGCUGGUCUGGUGUCCAUCCACGGGCAGCCGUCCGCAACAGCAGCGGCAGCGCAUGGUGUCGACAAUGCGUUGCUGCCAUCCACAGCCGGGCCUCAGUCCCAGGCUCAAAGCGUUGGAAGCCCCGAAUAUAGUCCGCUCCUGGACCCACAGCAGCGGCGCGAGCCCCCGCCGCCGCCGCUGCCGCGCAGUGUCCCGCCGCCAGGCGCUUCCCCCGCCUCCGCAGCUGCCAUCCCCACCGCACAGCAGAGCGCGUCAGCAGCAGCAGCAGCAGCGGCGGCGACGGCGACGGCGGGCGCAACGGGUGGUCAGCAGCUGUCCGCUGGGUCGUCCUUCAUUCGCUCCGACUGGUCGCCGGCAGGCGUGCCGGCCAUGGAGCGGUGCGCGCCGCCGCUGCUGUCCGGCCCCCGCACGGCGCCCGCCCGCGACGCGCCCGCCGGCAGCAUGCACGCCCCCGCCGCCGCUGCUGCGCACCGCCCGCCCGGAGGCCAGGGCCACGCCUACCCGAACGGCGGCGGCGGCGACGACGACGGCGCGUUCACGGAUGACGACUUUGGUGACUGCGACAUACUCACCACACUGGACUGCUCGGUGCAAGCCGCAGCCACCGCCGCAGCAGCGCAGGCGGGCGCAGCAGGUGGGGCUUUGGCCCCUGCCGGCCUCACCGCGGCGCUCCCGCAAGCUCCGCUACGCUACGAGCCGUCGCCCAUCCGCGCCACGCACCCGGUUUACGGUCACCUAAGCGGCUCACCGCGCGCCAACGGCGCCGGCGGCAGCACCACCUCUGCCUUAUUGGCUGCGGUAGCCGCAGUCGGCUCGCGGCCGCAUCUCAGCGAAGGCGGCGCCGACACUUCGGCGCCGUCGCAGCUGCCACAGGCGCGCCUUGAUCCGACCGGCGCAGCCGGCGGCGCUCCGGGCUCGCCGGGGGCUGUGCAUGAAAUGGACCCAGACGCGCUGGCGGCGCUGGCUGAGCGGCUGCGCUCACGCAGCUUCAAGGAUGGACCGGCUGGCAGCCGCAACGGCAGCUUCAGCUACCGCCCCUCCCGCAUGAUGCCGGCAGCGGCGCAGCAGCAGCUGCGCGCGCCCUCCUACCGCAUGUCGCGGGGCCCGUACAGCGCCGGCGUGCCCACGGCCACGACGUCGGGCCCGGCGGGUCUGGACGGCGCGGAGGCCACCGCAGACCCCGCCGCAGCCGUGGCAGCAGCUGCAGCCGCACAGUCGCGGCUGAGCGAGGUGCUGCUGGUCAAAUGGCUGGACUACAGCUCCAAGUACGGACUGGCCUUCGUGCUGUCCAACGGCACCGUGGGGGUGCUGUUCAGGGACGGCAGCCAGAUGCUGCGCGACCGCGGCGCAGCCCACGCCUGGCUGCUGCCCGCGCUGCGGGGCGGCGGCACCGCCGCCGCUGGUGAGCACGCCCCGCGCGGCGGCGAACUGCUGCAGCCGCAGCCGCUGCCUGCCGGCGCGCAGGCACUGCUCCUGCCGGCCGGCAACUGGCAGCGCCCGGGCUGGGGCACCGGCGGCACCGGCGCGGGUGAGGCUGCGGCGGGAGUGGGGGCCGGCCACAGCCAGAGCCGCGCACGCGCGGAACAGGGCAGCCGCCGAUCCGCCGACUCCACCGCAGCGCCGUGGGUUGCCGAAGCGGCGCUGGCGCCGGUGCCGGGCCCCAGCUACCCGCACGACGUGCUGAAGAAGCUCAAGCUGCUGUGCAGCUUUGAGUCCAUGUUGGUGGGCGGUGGCGGCGGCGGCAGGGGCGGAGGCGGAGACGGCAGCAACAGCGGCGGCGAGGAGAGCGACGUCAGCUGUGCCACCCUGGAGCGCCGCGGGCCCCUGGCGCAGAAGUCGUCAGAGCGCUCGACUGGCACUGGCGCAGCGGCGGUGGCUGAGAGCGGGGUGGCUGCGGCUGCGGCUGCUGACGCCGCGGGUACAGCGCCGCAGGCGGCAGCCGCCCAGGCGCAGCACACGGCGGCAGUGCCUGAGAUACAUGCUCAGCACCAACAGCCGCAGGGCGCGGCCACGGCCACAGCUGCCGCGUCGCCGCCGUCGCCGCCGCCGUCGCCGCCGCCGCCGCCGCGAUCGCCGCCGUCGGUGUGGCUGACGUGGUGGGCCCGCACGCACAAGGCGCUGGCGGUGUGCAUGAGCAGUGGAGCGAUGCAGGUGCUGUUCAUGGAUGGCAGCGAGUUGGUGCUGCGUGAGUGUGAGGACCUGGUGGACUUCCUGGCGCGAGACGGCCGCCGCCAGCAGGCCAGCCUGCGCGGGGUGCGGCUGGCGGGACCCAAGAACUCCGUGGCUAAGCGGGUGCAGUACGCCACCACACUCCUGCACUCGCGCGGCGGGGUUGGCGGCGGCGGCGGAGGCGGCGGGGUGGGCUCGACAGGUGGAGCGGCGGUAGGGCCAGGGGCGGGGGCGGGGCCGGGCGGGGGUGGUGGGGGAGGGGCGGGUAAGCGUUGGGCGUGAGGGCUGCUUGUCUAUACUGGCGCCAGCGCGCUGACGGCAUGCACCAAGUGCGGCAAGACUGUUACUAGCAGGGUGGGCAACGAAAAGCGUCACAAGACCUGAGCACAUUACAUAAGAAUGAGGCACACUGCGGCACUGCAGGAGUGAAAGGGUAUCGUUCCUGCCUGGCUUGGCAGUAGGCACGCAUGGCUGUUCCUGGCGGUGUGAUUAUCGACCUGAUUAUCUACCUGAAUUUUGAUGAUACGUAGAUAAAAUUGGGGGCGUGAUGCAUGGCAGCACAUGCCUUGGCGUGAAGGCCGGUGACAAGACCCUACCAGCAGGCUUCCAGCGGGGCAAGGGCAAUGGGUCAGCAAGACACGGCGCCACAUUAUUUCCCUGGUUGAGGCCGUUGAUCCAGCCAGUCCAUACGGUAGUGAAGAGUCUGGGAAGGAUGGGCGUUCAAAGCAAUGAAGUUGACGUGACAUGUGCUCUGAACGCUGCUUGCCCUGCACAAGGGCAGCGCCCAAGGAAGAGUUGGCGAGUAAAGCGGGCAAGACGCCCCUGCAAUAGCGUAAGGCUU